UUUUGACCCUGGGGAUGGCUAUAGUUAAUUCGCAGCCUUCAAUGAGGGUAAUGGGCGGAUCACUCACCACCAUCCAGUCAUACCCUUACGUGACUUCGCUACUUCGCUCCACAAACCUAGUUACUUAUGUUCAAACUUGUGCCGGCACUAUUCUCACAACCAGAUCCAUUAUGUCUGCUGCACACUGUUUUAUAUUUGAUCAAACAAAUAACUGGCGUAUAAGAGCUGGAUCAAGUUCAGCCCACAGUGGAGGUACUGUUUAUUAUGUCAACCAAAUCAUAAUUCACAAAAAUUUUGAUCUUCGGACAUAUGACAGCAAUAUAGCUAUACUUCGUACUGCAUCACCUAUUAGCAUUGUUACAAAUACAGUACACGUGGCAACUAUACCUAGCUCUAUCUAUAACUUACCCGACAAUCAAGCUGUUUGGGCAGUAGGAUGGGGAACUACUUCGUAUGGAGGUUCUAAGUCAGAGCAGUUACGUCACGUACAGAUCUGGACAGUAAAUCAGCAGCAGUGCGCUAAUUCCUAUAGAAAUAUCGGGUUCAAUGUUACAUCUAACAUGCUCUGCGCUGGUUGGUUUGGCGUUGGAGGCCGUGAUCAAUGCCAGAACGACGCCGGUGGUCCUCUCAUCCACAAUUCCGUAGUUGUCGGUAUCAGCUCAUGGGGCUAUCAAUGCGGGCUCCCUUUUUAUCCUGGUAUAAAUACCCGAGUCAGCCGAUUCACUCCAUGGAUUCAGCAAAAUGCUUAAAAUUGUUAAUUAUUUGUUUAUAAUAAAGUGACAAAUCUAUAUUUGUGUCAAGAUUAUCGCUUAUAAUGAAUAUAUUUUAAGUAAUAAAAUUUACAUAUCUGCUUGUAUUUAUUUUUCAUUUAUUUGUGAUGAUAAAUUUAACAGCUUACGUUUCUUAAAUACUUUAUUUUUUACUGAUAAUAUUUGUUAUUAAAGGUGAUAUAAAAAUUGAUUGUUGUAGUCGAAUGUAUAUAAACUGGUUUUAAACUAAUAUUUUGACAAAAAAUUUCCAUGACUAUGUAAUGUACUGGAAUACCAGGAAUUUGUUCAUCAUUUGGUAAUAUUUGCUUUAAUGAACGUUGUAAUGAUUAGAUAUUAUUGAUUGAUUUUAAAAUAAUUCCAAGUAUAGAUAUUUGUUCAAUUGUAUUUUUUGAUAAGCACGAUAAUAUAAUCCAACGUUGUUCAAUUACAUGAA